AGGCAGGAAGGUACCUUCCACCUUUCAUGAAUCCUGGGAGGAGGAUGCCUUACAUCUGGACAGGAGGUUCUAGUUUUUGAGGGAAGCUGGUCUUCUCACUAAAAUAGGAUUCACUUCAUUUUAACUAAAUUUUAAUAAUAUCUUAUGAUAUAUAUAUAUAUUUUUUUUUUAUACUUCUAAUUAGUUGUUUAGCACCAUAUGACCUGCUGUUGCGGCGCCAGGUGUGAUUUCCGCAUAUCAGUCAAUCAGUCAAUCCACCCAGUCACAGUAACUUAGAUUCUUGAAUAAAUUUUGAUGUGGAGUUGGAGACAUAUGGCCAGUUUGUUAAAAUUGUGUGAGGUCCGAUCCAAUGCAUAUUCAUAUAUACAGACAUAUCCAAAGAAAUAAAUGCAUAUCUGUCUAUUUGUAUGAUAGAUACACAUGUCUAGGCUGAUAGAUAUGCAUUUAUUUCUGUUCAAACAAUUUUAACAGACCACCUGAAUGUCCACAAUUCCACCUCACAAAAUUUAUUCAUUCAUUUGUGAGUGUGUCUGUACAGUAAUAAAAAUAGAGUGGAGGCCACAGCUUCUCUGUACUCAGCCAUGAGAGCAUAGAUUUGUUUUAAAUGUUUACCAGAGAGUGUUUUUGGGGAGCGAGUUAGAUUUUUAACUGAUCUGCCAGCAUCAACUUGCCUUUCUUAUGAACACAGGUCAGCCAUGGCUUGUCCAAUAUGUUGUGUGAAUUAUUAUAAUUUUUUUUUUCUAUUCUUUAAAUGUAGUAACUUUUAUUGUUAAAAAUAAAUUUCUCGUUUGGUAAAUGUAACACGCUGUGACUAUUCGAUAGAUUGUUUCAUACAGUCUUAUGGUACAAGAUAAACAUUGUCUCUAAUAGAACAACAUAAUAGAAUGACAAAAAAUAAGGUACUUUUUUAUAUAUAUUAUUUCCUUCACAAGUUGAUUACAAGAAAUAUGUACAACUGUAAUAAGGUUUGUUACAGUUGUGCAUCUUCACCAUACUACAUAUAAUAAUACUCAGUUCAUCUCAUACUCAAGGUAUAAGAUUUAUAAAUACUCCAUAUGAGACAUGAUACUUGAACCACGCAAAACAGAAACCACUGUGUAAUUUUGUAUCUUAUUUACAUGCCAACCUGUAAUAUUAUCACUUGUUUGAGUGUGCUCCAUUGGUUGAAAGCUACAACAGCUGUAUUUGAAUGCCAGAUAUGAUUUGGGGAUUUUUCCAUGCCUUCAUUCUCCACUCAAGUAGCUUGAGAUUAUGAAGAACCCCUUAGAAAAUGUAAUAGUAAGAAGAAAAUCGGAAAUGACAGACGACCUGGACGUGGAUGCGAUGUUGGAAGCUCCUUUUAAAAAGGAGGACGGAGGCAGUUCGUCGGCGGACUCCAAACCCAAGGAAAAUGGUCACACAUCCUCAAAAGACAAAAAGGAGAGAGAGAAGGACAGAGAGAAAGAUAAAGAUAAGGAGAAGGAUAGAAGAGACCGAGACAAGGACAAAGGCAAAGACCGGGACAGAGACCGUGACAGGGAUCGAGACAGAGACAGGGACAGAGACAAGGAGAGAGACAAAGACAAAGACAAGGAUAAGGACAAGGAUAAGGAUAAAGAUAAGGAUAAAGAUAAAGAAAAAGAGAAAGACAAGGAUAAAGAUAGAGAGAGAAAAAGACGCUCUAGGAGCAAGUCUCGCGACAGGAGGAAGAAAACGCGCAGCAAAUCCAGAGACAGAGAUAGAAAGAAGUCUCGUUCCCGGUCUCGGGACAAGGACCGGAGGAAGAGGUCUCGAUCAAGAUCAAAAGAUCGAAAACGAAGAUCACGCUCUCGCCGCCGCAGCAAAAGUCGCAGCAGAGACAGGCGCCGCAGUAAGAGUCGCAGCAGGGACCGUCGCCGCAGUAAGAGUCGUAGUCGAGAACGCCGGAGGAGAAGCCGCAGCAGAGACAGGAGGAGGAGCCGCAGUAGAGAGCGUAGACGUUCGCGCUCCAGGAGUAAAACGCCAAAACUGGAGCUUUCUGUGGAGGAGAGAGAUGCACGUACCGUGUUCUGCAUGCAGCUUUCCUCGAGGAUUCGGUCGCGGGACUUAGAGGACUUCUUCUCCGUUGUGGGCAAAGUGAAUGAUGUUCGCAUCAUAACAGAUGCAAAAACCCGUAGAUCAAAGGGUAUUGCUUAUGUUGAGUUUGUGGAUGUAGAAUCGGUCCCUCUGGCUCUUGGUUUGUCAGGUCAGAAGAUCUUAGGCGUGCCAAUAGUAUGUCAGCCAACACAGGCAGAGAAGAACCGUGCUGCCAACACAGCAGCAGUGCAAGACCAGAAGGCAGCAACAGGUCCCAUGAGACUUUACGUUGGCUCACUGCACUUUAACAUCACAGAGGACAUGCUUAGGGGUAUUUUUGAACCAUUUGGGAAAAUUGAUCACAUCCAGUUGAUAAUGGACUCCGAGACUGGAAGAUCAAAAGGCUAUGGCUUUAUCACAUUCCACAAUUCUGAUGAUGCCAAGAAAGCCUUAGAGCAACUGAAUGGAUUUGAGCUAGCAGGCCGACCCAUGAAAGUCAAUCACGUGACUGAAAGGUCUGAGACGCAGCAAGGGACUUCACUCCUAGAUUCGGAUGAGAUGGAGAGGGCUGGUAUUGAUUUAGGUGCAACAGGUCGCUUGCAGCUAAUGGCAAAGUUGGCUGAAGGUACAGGCUUGCAACUGCCAGCUGCUGCUGCUAAUGCCUUACACAUGCCAGCACAACCACAGCAGCAGCCAGCACCACCUAUUGCAACACAGUGCUUCCUCUUGUCAAAUAUGUUUGAUCCAUCCACAGAAACAAACCCCAACUGGGCAGAUGAAAUAAGAGAUGAUGUUUUAGAAGAGUGCAAUAAGCACGGAGGGGUCUUACAUGUGUUUGUGGACAGACAGUCAGCACAGGGGAAUGUCUAUGUCAAGUGUCCCACGAUUGCAACAGCUGCAGCAUCUGUUAAUGCACUCCAUGGAAGAUGGUUUGCAGGCAAGAUGAUCACAGCAGCCUAUGUACCUGUUAUGAGCUAUCACUCCCUCUUCCCUGAGGCAAUGAAUGCCACACAGCUUAUAUACCCUCGAUGAGGUACCUGAUCAUUAUAUGAAGACACAAAAGUUUUCUUACAUUUUUUUCUUUGUUAACAUUUUAUUAUUGUUUGUAACUGCUGAUGACACAAGUGGCAGAAGGAAACGUCUGUUCAUACAGUUUUCAGCUAGACAAGAAAUAUGUAUUUGUUUGCAAUGCAAAUUAUGAUACGUUGAGUUUCACCUUCACUUUUUUAUUAAGAAUUUUUGUUAUUUUUUUUUUUUAGCACCCCUCUUCCUUUUUUUAAAUGUUCAUUUCCUAAAAUUUUAGACUUCUUGAUAUCCAGAUCCAUUUUUGUUGACAUGUAUGGAUAUGUGAAGUUUACUGAUACAGUCACACGUGUAUAUAAGAUACCGAUGAUGUGUUUUGGUGGCGAGUUUCAGAAGUGUGUUUGAAUGGUUCUCCAGCAAGGCAACCAUUUCUCACCUUUUGGGUCUGAUGGAAUAAAGAAUAGUAUGUUGAGCAUAACCUUCAUGUAAGGCGUUUGUGAUAGUGGACUUUCAGAAUAGUUGAUUGUUUUUUCUUUUUUUCACGAAAUAUGUUGGAUGAGGUUUUUUUCUUCCUUGCAGCCAGUAUUUUGUUUUAAGACUUAGGUAUCCUGUAUAGAUAUAUCAAUUUGUAAAAUUGAUUAGGCUUUUCAGGUUCAUUGUGAUUUCUUUGAUUUUGUAAAGAUAUUUGACUCCUGAAAACUGAAAUGACCCAUUCCCUUUUACUCUAGAAGAGAUCCUGGGACUCCUCGAACCUUGCGACUGCAGGGCAAGCAGGAAAAAUCUCUGUAGAAAAUACCUUGAGGUGGUUAUUCAGAUUGUGAGACCUGUCAUUAACUGUGCUAUAAAUAUUACAGAUCAUUAGUCAGAAUGUUGAAGGAUUGAUUGUAUAAUAUUUUUUCAAGCAAAAUAUAUCCUGUGGAUUGAUGGGAGAUUUGAUUGUGAUUGGGCUUAAUACACAUUUGGUGUGAAUGAUGUGACCUUGUGAGGAGUGUAAAUAUAUGUAUAAAUGGGUACAUGUGGAUCCCUGCACUCCAUUCAUUUUGUGCUUGUAUAAAUAAACAUUCAUAACCAGA